UAAAGCAUUGUGUAAUUGUGGAGAAUUGAUUGGUCAACUCGAUCUGAUGGGUUCUGAAAGACCACAAACAUCUUCCUCUUUUGUUUAUCCAUCCAUUUAUCAUGUGUUCUUGAGUUUCAGAGGUGAAGACACCCGCAAGACUUUUACUGACACUCUUUAUGCAGCUUUGGUAGGUGCAGGGUGGCGUACGUUUAAGGAUGAUAAUGAGAUUGAGAGAGGGGAAAAUAUUAAGACAGAACUAGAGAAUGCAAUUAUAAAUUCGAGGAGUUCAAUAAUUAUCAUCUCGAAGAACUAUGCUACUUCAACAUGGUGCCUUGAUGAACUUGUCAAAAUCCUUGAACAUAAGAGGACAAAAGGGCAUGCAGUUCUUCCUGUCUUCUAUCAUGUGGAUCCUUCUGAAGUUAGAGAUCAGAAAAAGAGUUUUGCAGAAGCAUUUGCGAGUUAUGAGAGGCAAAUUAAAGCUGAAAGUGAUGAAGGAAAGAGGGAGUUGAUAGAUAAGGUCCGAAAAUGGAGAGCAGCUCUUGGAGAGGUGGCAGAUUCGGGUGGUGUUCUAGUGAACAAUCAAGAGUACAAGAAUCAGAGUUCAUUGAAGAAAUUCUUCAACUCAUUGAGGAUAAGCUGAACCGGACAAUAUCGAGUGUUGCACCUUACCUGGUUGGGAUCAGUUCACGG